GAGAAACCAUGCAGCGGUCAGAGGGGGGCUCAGAGACGGCAUCCACUGUGGCGUUAAGAACAUCCACUUCAGCCCAGGCACCAGUGGUUCAGCCCGUUCCCGCUUCCCAACAGCGUGUUUUAGUUCAGGCCACCGGUUCCUCCCAGAAGGGAGCUCAGGUGCAGCAGUUGCCAGUGCCUAGAGUGCAACAGGUCCCUCAGCAGGUGCAGCAGGUUCAGCAUUACCAUUCCCAGCAGGUGCAAUAUGUGGAAGGUGCAGAGGCGGUCUACCCCAAUGGCACAAUUCGUGCUGCAUACUCUUAUAACCCAGAGUCCCAGCUGUAUGGACAGGGCAGUGGAAGUGCCUAUUUUGACUCUCAAGCGGGUGGUGCUCAGGUAACCACAGUCGUCUCUUCUGGUGGAGUGCCCGCUCAUGGCAUGGUGGGAAUCGCCAUGGAUGUGGGUGGCAGUCAGAUCAUUUCCAGCGGCAGUGCCUAUCUGAUCCACGGCGGAAUGGAUGGUGGACGCCACCACACCUCUCACUCCUCACGCUCAUCAUCUGCAAUGCUUGAAAUGGCGAUUGAAAACCUCCAAAAGUCUGAAGGGAUUGCCACUCACAAAAGCAGCCUGCUCAACAGCCAUUUGCAGUGGCUGCUGGAUAAUUACGAGACCGCUGAAGGUGUGAGUCUGCCGCGAAGCUCUCUCUAUAACCACUAUCUGAGACACUGUCAGGAGCAAAAGCUGGAUCCAGUUAAUGCCGCCUCUUUUGGCAAACUCAUCCGCUCCGUCUUCAUGGGCCUUCGCACGCGCCGGCUUGGUACCAGGGGGAACUCAAAAUACCAUUAUUAUGGCAUUCGUCUGAAGCCGGACUCGCCUCUCAACCGUAUGCAGGAGGACACGCAGUACAUGGCAAUGAGACAAACACCUGUCCAUCAGAAGCAGAGGUUUAAGCCCUUUCACAAGAUGGAUGGGAUGGGGGACAGUCUAAAUAGUGGCUCCCAGCAUUUGUCCAGCACCCCUGAGCAAAGCGUGGCGGCACAGUGUCAGCAUCACCAGCAGUACAUUGAUGUGUCUCAUGUCCUUCCCCCCUUCCCUUCUCUUGAUCUGAGCUCCUGUCCUCUGCCAGAGUCCAUCAGCAUGACCGAUGUGAAAAAACUACAGAGCAGCUACAGGAUUCACUGCGAGGCUACCCUGGAUGUAGUGAUGAACCUGCAGUUUCAUCUCAUAGAGAAGCUGUGGCAGACCUUUUGGCAUUCAACAGCGCCAUCUAGUGACGGAGCCACUACCAUACCUAACAGUGAGGAGGAUGUGGAGGACAUCAGAGGAUUCCCCAGAGACAAGCUGAUCGCUCUGUGUAAAUAUGAGCCAAUCAAACAAUGGAUGAGGAGCUGUGAUCACAUCCUGUAUCAGGCGCUGGUGGAGAUCCUCAUCCCUGAUGUGCUGCGGCCUGUUCCCAGCACCCUCACUCAAGCCAUCAGAAACUUCGCUAAGAGUCUGGAGGGCUGGUUGACCUCAGCUAUGACUAACUUCCCUCCGGAGAUCAUCAGCACUAAGGCUGCAGUAGUGAGUGCGUUUGCACAAACCCUGCGCCGCUACACCUCUCUCAAUCACCUAGCUCAGGCAGCGCGGGCCGUCCUGCAGAACACCUCCCAGAUCAACCAGAUGCUCAGUGACCUCAACAGAGUGGACUUUGCCAACGUGCAGGAGCAGGCGUCCUGGGUCUGCCAGUGUGAUGAGUCUGUUGUCCAGCGUUUGGAGCUGGACUUUAAGGCGACCCUGCAGCAGCAGAGCUCUCUGGAUCAGUGGGCCGCAUGGCUGGAUAAUGUUGUCAAUCAGGUGCUCAAACCUUAUGAUGGCAGUCUGAGCUUCCCUCGUGCAGCACGCCAGUUUCUGCUCAAGUGGUCCUUCUACAGCUCUAUGGUGAUCAGAGAUCUGACUCUGCGCUCGGCCGCCAGUUUCGGCUCUUUCCACCUCAUCCGUCUGCUCUAUGACGAGUACAUGUUUUAUUUGGUUGAACACCGUGUGGCUCAGGCCACCGGAGAGACCCCAAUUGCUGUCAUGGGGGAGUUUAGUGACCUCAGUUCUUUAAUGCCAUCCCUCAAGGAGAAAGACGCUUCAUUCUCAGACGACAUGACCAGCGAUGGAGACCUGUCGAGGAUGAGCGAGAGAAGCCUGACUGAACCAGCGGUGAAGAGAGAGAGAAUCGAGAUCCCUCACUCCUUGCAAGAGAUCUAACACACACACACACACACACACGCGCACGCACACAAACGUCAUCUCCGUCUAUAGGGUAGGGUCAGUGUGUGUCUCCUUUAGGUUUUCUGCGACUGUGAAGCAAGAACGUGCUGGUUUGAUGGCGUGUGGUUUAUUUUUCAUGUGCCAUAGUCUUCUUUCAGUGCCUUAGAUGAGAAAAGAAACACUAGAGCUUUCUCUUUGACCUUCUGUCGUUUUCCUCGGCCGUGCCUCCAACCGCAGGAUGAAUGUAUCGUCUAUGAACCUCAGAUGUCUAAAGCACCUUUUUAAACGACAGUCACUUUUAUUUUUCCCCCACCCUCAGACGUAGAUGCAACCUGCUGACCCCAAAGCCGCCCGUUUUCAGCCUCCACCCAAAACUUGCUGCAACACGAGAAAAGCCUUUCAAAAGCAUCCGUUUGAUAAGAGCCCUGGCCGUAUGAGAUGCCUAAUCUAUACCUCAAAGCGUUAGUAGGUUUAAUCAAUUGACGUCCAGCUUUUAUGAUGUUUUCUAAUGAGAUUAUUGGAUUUGGAAGCACCGCGCUGUUGGUGAAAGCUUUCGGGAUGUAUAUAAACACAGAUUGUGUUGGCGGUUAUUGCUCAAGCAAAGCAGAAAUGGUUUGUGAAAUUAGUUUUGUAGCUAUUUGACGAGUUCUUAGAUGUUUGCGGUAGUUCAAAUAAAAAAAGAGGUGGUUUGUUGAUAUAUUGAUAUGUUGUCUGUACACGAGGCCUUCUGAAGUAACUGGAAAACGUUGUGAAUAGUUUGUGUGUUGCUUAUAAAACCGACCGGAGAUGAUUUUAAAAGAUAAAAUAAUAAUAACUUCCUUUGCGUAACCUAUUUAAGUAGAUCUGGUGUGUAUGUGAUAGCAAAAAAAAACUAUACAUGUUUUCUAGAGGAGAAUAGAGAACCCAAAAUAGAUGGAAUAUGCAGAUUCUUACAGAGACGCCUCAUCACUUGGUGCUGUUUGACCUUUCAUGCUUUUAGUGGCCAAUGGGCUGCUUUUCUGGAGAUGUUUGUUAUGAUGUUGUGCUGGGAUCUUUACUGGUGCCUGGUAGCGGCCCGUGACGCGGCUCUCUGCUCUUCACAAAGAUCAGCUUCAUUUCUUCUCGCUGUGUGUUUGUUUUCUGGAAGUGAUUGGCUGUGAGUGUCAGGCUCUGUACUUUAAUGCCUGUCAUGGUUUUGUUUUGUUUUUGGCCUGUUGUGUGCUUUUGGGAAAGGGCUUUGUUUUGUUUUGUAAUGUUGUUUCAAGGCUUCUGUCUAAGGAUUAUUUUUACGGAGGUAGAUGCAAUUCUUCUCACUACUAUAUUGAUCCCUUAUUUUUGUGUCUUUAAGAAUACUGUUGAUUUAGCAUCGACUGCUUAGUUUGAUUGUAUUUUGUACUGGUAAGAAGUGUAUUAAAUUUGUGUAAACCAC